CUAACAAAUUUUCCUUUUCUAAUGCUAUAAAUGUUGAAUUUUAGACUUACGAUCAAAGCUGGCUGUCCAAUGAAUCUCGAAAAUUUCCCAAUGGAUAUACAGAGAUGUCCACUACAAUUUGGCAGCUUCGGUUAUACGAAACGAGACGUGAUCUACAAGUGGAACAGUGCCCGACAAGUAGCAAUCGCUGAGGACAUGAAAUUAUCCCAAUUUGAUUUAGUUGCCAAUCCAACUGCAAAUUAUUCUGCAUCGGCAACGCUUUCGCACGCGGAGUAUUCAAUGCUACUAGUAUACUUUCAUCUGCAAAGGCACAUGGGUAACUUUCUUAUACAAGUGUACGGGCCCUGUGUUUUAUUAGUUGUCCUCUCUUGGGUCUCCUUCUGGUUAAAUCGGGAAGCUACUGCAGAUCGUGUAUCGCUAGGUAUAACAACAGUGUUGACAAUGACAUUUUUGGGAUUGGAGGCACGAACAGAUUUACCUAAAGUUCCUUACCCCACUGCCCUGGACUUCUUCGUUUUCCUCUCGUUCGCUUUCAUUUUUGCCACUAUUAUACAAUUCGCGGUGGUCCAUUAUUUCACCAAGUACGGCUCCGGCGAAUGUUAUUUCAGCUCAGAUUUAAGCGAAAGCGAGAGUUCCAGUGACGAGGAGGAGAUAAAUACGAGACGAUUGAAGAAAGAACCGGUGUCUCAUUCUCAUAAAAGAACUGCGGGAAGCCUAGCUGCACGCGGGCACCAAAGUCGGAAUUUCACGAUGAAUGAGGACGGUAUGAUCGAAGUGAUACCGUUAUCAGCAAUUCCAGAACCUAGCAGGAAUCCUGCAGUGGGUCACUGGCAGAUGUCCUGCGUGGCGUGCAGCGCGCCUCCUCCUCAUCAAGCUGCUCCGGUCAGAAAAGGAUCUGACCGAAGGCGACGUAGGAGAACACCCAGAUACAAUUCUGUAUCGAAAAUCGAUCGUGCUAGCCGCAUCGUGUUCCCUGUGUUCUUCUUGGCUAUCAACGUAUUCUACUGGUACGCGUAUCUAUCGAGAAGCGAGCGUAUCAAUUACUACAACGUGAACUCGAACGGCACGUGAGACCGGUCACUAACAAUAAAUAGGACAACCAAAGGAAAACACGUGUACAAACGUUCUCCACGGAAUUGCUCGUCGGAGAAGAUGUCAA